AUGCGAGAAAGAAAUAUGUUGUCUACAAACGUAUUGAAGAAACAAGUUAUGUUAGAAGAUGUUAACGUACCGUACAAGUUUUCAAUAGAUAGAGCAAGAAACAAAUUAUUUUUUUGCAUCAAUGCUGAUGAAUUUUGUGAUCAAAGCUUUCGAUCUGCAAUACUUGAUUUAGACACAGGUGUCGCAAGCGUCGUACCAAGUAUCCGAAAUGGUUUUGCUAGUGCUGUGGACAACGAAAAUGGUGCAGUGUUUCUCGGAGGUAGUGAUGGAAUCUUUAAAUAUAACUAUUCCUCAAAUGAUAUAGACAAGUCACCAAUUAUUGGGCAAGUCGAUGUAUUCGACAUGAAGUUUAAGGAUUACCUGUAUUUUAUUGAUACUUUUAAUUUAGAUUUGUACCUUUUAAAAGAUGAAAAGAAAUUGGCUGUAGCGUCUAUAGAUGAUCAUGGUAUACAACACUUUACUUUCGCUGGGAACUACUUAAUAUUAUCCAAUUCAAACGGAUUGUAUUACUUGGAUAUUGAAAAUUGUGAGUUCGGUCCUGUAUGGUUCUCUAAUACUGUGGACAACGUACGAGGAUUAUCGACUGAUAUAAAUGAUGUACCAUAUUUAGUGGCCCGAGAUGGAAUUUAUUCGGUUCAUGUUGAUAAUAUGGAAGUCACGAAAUUAAUAUCUUUAGAUGACGGCUCUGCUCUGGAUUUCGACAAGAACAACAAUAUGGUUUACAGUGAAGGACGAUCAGUUAUAAAAUUACAUUUCAAAGAAGACAACAUUUAG